AAAAUGAAAGACCUGUGUUGAACUAAAUUGGAUGAUUGAGACUCAAUAAUCACAGUAUCGUCAGUAAGCUGAUGGCCAAGCAACUUACGCUGAAGGGUCUCGUUGUCGGCACAGGUACUACAGAUACGUACCCCAGUUUUAGAACGAGAUCAUGUCUGACGAUUCUAAGAACCAAGGUUUGCCACGGGGCUUGAUUGGGAGGAGAGGUGCUCCUACGGGCAAAGCAGCAAGAUUGCCAUCUCUGAGGGGACCCAGAGAUUUAACUCUUGGUGGUGUGCCCAAAAAGGUAUUCACACCUAAUAUUCCAUCAAGAAGGGAUAAACCAAAGGAUGAUGACUCUAGCAGUGGUACACCCAAACCUCAGUCUGCUGCCAAAGACUCAGGGAGAAGCAGAGGUCGUGGAGGUCGUGAACGGGGUAGAGGUCGAGGAAGGGGUCAUGAUAAUGUCAUCCAAUCACAGUCUAUCUUUGAGCAAGGACCUGCAGAUAGACUUGUUCCUAAAGUUGGAGGCGCUUCAUGGGACAGUGGUGAUCGAGUGUCAACAUCUAGGAUGAGUAUCAAGAAGGAGAAAUCUGACAAGGACACCUCGAAGAGAGUCCUGGAUCAAAUCCUCAGGGAUGAUUUCAUUGACACAGACAAUCUGGAUGAUGAUGACCCCAAUCUCAUCCCCGUGGUGUUGCCUCUCUCAGCAGCUGGAGAUAUGGUGGCCAAGAAGGAAGUUAAGGAGGAGGAGCGAAAAAAGGUCAAGGACACGGUCGAUGGUAUAAAGGUUGAACCAGGCACAGACAUGGAGGUUGAUCAUCCUGAUGAUGGAAACACGGCAGAGAAGCCAAAAUCUGCUGAUAUUUCUAUGGUCAAAAUGGAGCCUCCUGUGUUUACAUGUAAAGACCUUCUAUCCAAAUGCAGUAAUUCAGAGGACGAUAGAUUGCUGUUUUUCCAGCUCCCAGACGUCCUGCCUGGCCUGCCGCCAGGUCGUGACGAGGUUGUUAAAACAAAGGUCAAAACAGAGCCAGGCACAGAAGCAAAGAAGGAAGAAUCAAAGUCAGAAGAGGACAAACUUUCUUCUCAGAUAAAGACAUGCUCUCUGUCAGACUUCUCAGAGGGCUUCAUUGGCAAGCUGCAGAUUCGUAAAUCUGGGCGGGCAGAACUUGUGCUGGGCAAUGUCACUCUGGAUGUGUCCGUUGGUACACCAUGUGGAUUUCUCCAGGACUUGGUGUCAGUGCGUGUGGAGGACAACUCGGGACACUUGACGACACUUGGCCAUGUGCGAGACCGACUCAUCUGUACACCGAACUUUGAAACACUGCUCAAGUACUCCUGACCGGGUCUCCUGUAACAGGGUUACCUGCCCCUUCAUCCAUGGACAUGUCAUCAGAUGUACAUCGUGACUAAUGUGAUAUUUACAGCAGUCAGGUCAACAUAUUUAUCUGGGAUACCAGACAACUGGAGUUGUGUGAUCCCGGUACAGUGACUGGGCUAUCCUGACUGACUGGUUCCCUUGGUCAUUGAUACUGUGAUUAACACACUGACCACUGACAUUCUGAACAUGAACUGCAUACUUUACAAUGUUGUGUAAAGUGACAUGUAUUUAUGGUACAAGCAGUAUCUUGUCUACUGUAAUCCUCAGUUUGUUAAUGAGGUUUCAUUGUGUGUUGAUUUUGUAACAUGUAAACAAAAAAUCAAGAAUAUGGUUGGAAUUC